CAAGAAUAGCGCGUCCGUUUUGAACCGAACGGUGCGAGGGACGCGUCGCAGCAGCAGCUCACUUUCGCUCGUUGUGCACCGACGAAAAGAUGGGGUGUGCCAGCUCCAACUUGAAAGAACAAACGCAAGAGUUCGACAACAUCGCGGCCGAUGUCACGACGUCGACGGAUCGCAAGGUGAGCAUUGCGAUGCGGGAGAAGCGCGACGCCCAGCGCCGUGGCGACGUUUUCGCCGAAUCGAUUCAGUUCGACGACGAGUAUCAGCCCAACACGGUGCCCAAGGCAGAAGACACGAUGCACAUGAUCAAGGAGGCGCUGUCCCGCAACGCGCUCAUGUCGAUCGUGAGCGCGCUCGACAUCGACGUGAUGGCCGGGUUCAUGGUCAGUAAAAAGUUUGACCGGGGCGAUGUUGUGAUCACCGAGGGAGACACUGGCGACUUCUUCUACGUCGUCGAGAGCGGCACGUACGACGUCUCGAUCGCGGGCGACGUGGUCGGGACAGUCAAGACCGGCGGCAGCUUUGGCGAGUUGGCGCUGUUGUACAACUGCCCCCGCGCCGCGACAGUCACGACCACCGACUCGGGCAUCCUCUGGGCACUCGAUCGCGUCACGUUUCGGUGGAUCGUUGCCCGCAACGCUGAGGACCAGCUCGACGAGUGCAAGAAAUUUCUCCGCAACGUCCCGUUGCUUCACGAAUUGACAGACAGCCAAAUGAGCCAGCUAGCGAAUGUCGUGCAAAUGCUGCAUUUCAAGCAAGGCGAGCGCAUCAUCACCAAGGGCGAGAAAGGCAACGUGCUGUACAUCAUCAAGACGGGCACAGUUGUCUGCAGCGACGCUGGCGACGGAGUCAAAACUGUCGAAAACGUUCGCAUUUCGGACGGCGAGUACUUUGGCGAGCGAGCGCUCAUGACGCGCGAACCGCGCGCGGCCAACGUGACGGCCGAAACGGAUGUUGUGGCGUUCGCGUUGGACCGUCAAGCGUUCGACGAGAUCCUCGGGUCGUUGCGCGAAGUGAUGGACCGCAACAUGAGCAUGCGUGUCAUUCAAAGCGUGCCCAUUCUCAAGUCGCUCUUGCCGUCGAGCCGCGCGUCGCUGUUUGCCGCGUUGACGACGCAAUCGUUUGAGGACGGUCAAAGCGUCAUCAAGGAAGGCGAGCCUGGAAGCACGUUCUACAUUAUCAAGUCGGGCCAUGCGGUCGUGUCCAAGAUGUCAGGGUCGACGGUGGUCGAGAUCGCCAAGUUGUCGGUGGGCGAGUUCUUUGGCGAAAUGGCCUUGCUCAACGACGAACCGCGCAAAGCGAAUGUCGUGGCCAGCGGGUCGCUCGAGUGCUUUGUCCUGGAGCGCGCCAAGUUUGUCGAACUGCUCGGACCGCUUCAAGACAUCCUCAACCGCGAAGCCGAAGACCGACAGGUCGAGCUGAACGCACGGGAAGAAGUCUUGUUCGACGACUUGCAAGUGCUCCGUACGCUCGGGACAGGGACAUUCGGCCGCGUCAAGCUCGUCAAGCACAAAUUGACGGGCAAACCGUACGCGAUGAAAGUCAUGCAAAAAACGCAGGUCGUGGCGUACAAGCAGCAAAUCAAUAUCCUGAACGAAAAGAACUUGCUGGCCAUGUGCAACCACCCGUUCAUUCUCAAGCUGUUCCAGACGUUCAAGGAUCAGCAGUGCCUGUACUUGCUCAUGGAGUUUGUCCAAGGGGGCGAGCUCUUUGCAUACCUGCACAACACCGAGCGACCGGGUGGGCGCCUGCCAAACGACCACGCCCGCUUCUAUGCGUCGCAUGUGAUCUUGGCGCUCGAGUACUUGCAUGACCGCAACAUUGUGUACCGCGACCUCAAGCCGGAGAACCUCUUGAUCGACCAAGAAGGGUAUAUCAAAGUCGUGGACUUUGGCUUUGCCAAGGUGUGUGCCGACCGCACGUACACGCUGUGCGGGACGCCAGAGUACCUGGCGCCCGAGCUUGUGCUGGGCAAGGGGCACAACAAGGGUGUCGAUUACUGGGCGUACGGCGUCCUGAUCUUUGAAAUGAUGGUCGGGUGUUCUCCAUUUGUCGGCAACAACCCGUCCGACCAGAUUCAAAUCUGUCGCAACAUUGUCAAAGAGCCGCUCCGGUUUCCGUCGUGGAUUCCUGGAGCGUGCAAAGACAUCGUGACCAAGCUCCUCGACCGCGACGUGUCCAAGCGCAUGGGGUGCAACCACGGCGGCACGCAUGCGAUCCGCACUCAUCCAUGGUUCCACGGCGUCGAAUGGGACAAGAUCGUCAAGAAGCGCGAGCCCGCGCCGUGGUUACCGGCGCUCUCGAACCCGUUCGACGCAUCGAAAUUCGCCGCGAUCGAUGAAUGGGAUGACGUGGCGCCGUACCAGGACGACGGAACGGACUGGGACGCCAACUUUUAGCUUUGUCCAUUCGUCUGUCGCUCUAUGAAUUGCCUUGCCAUGCAAA